AUGGCGGGAAGCAACAGCGAACAACAAGUACCCCUGGAUGUUUUCCUCCGAGCGAUACAGCUGAAGGAUGAAGAGAUUGAGACCAUGCGAAAGCAGAAGCGCGACGACGACGCAGCCCUCCGUAUCGCUCAAGGGAGGAUUGCUCAGCUUGAGAAGGAGAUAGCAAUACAUCAUACAUCGUCCUGGGCAAGAGGGUCAAAGACUGAUCAAGGAAAACAGAACAGCGAUGCGUCUAGCCGUUCUUUCGCUGAUAAGGUAAUGUCUACUGCUGACGCUGCCAUUGGCAAGGCGAUCAAGGGCAAACAACCAGUUAUGCCGACUACAAAAGCAUCCCUAUCGUCUAAUGAGUUCCAAAUCCCCGGCAAAAAAAGGAAAAAACAUUGGUACAAUUCCUGGCAAGAGACCAACAUGAAGAAAAUGCAAAGCAAUGACGAGCUCCUUGAGAUGAAGCUCCCAUGUUUCGACCCUGAUUUCAAGCACAUAGGCAUUGCACGUCCAGUAGAGAACCCUGACGAUCGGCACAGAAAGUGCUACCAUUGCCUUCAAUCGUACGAACGCAAGGAUAUGUGGGAUCACUUGGAUGUCUGCUGGGCUUUCUGGAAACUUGCCGUGCGCUGUGGGCGUUGUAACAAGAUCUUCAAACUCAACGACGCGUUCUUCCUUCAGCAUGAGCGUGAGUGCCUGUCGCACUUGGGUGUUACUCAGAUGUGUAAGAACCAUUACACGCUGGCGGCGGAUGCUAGGGUAUGA